AUGGAGGAUGUUCCACGUAUUUUAGCCCACAGUCUUCCGUCACUUGCGGUGAUACUUAUGGGCUAUUGGAUGGGACGUGGACUGACCGCCUAUGUCGUGAAAGACGAUGUGGUAAUUGCGCACGAUAUAUCCGGAUUUUCAUUGAGUUAUGGGGACGCGCGGGUGUUUAAUUGGCACCCGCUGCUUAUGAGCCUCGGUUUCGUCUUCUGCUCAAUGCAAGCAGCACUGGCAUAUAUCUCCCUACCAUUCAAUCACGCAAUGAACAAGCGUAUCCAUCUGUCGCUUCACGCACUAGGAUUCUUAAGUGCAGUACUCGGUGCUGUGGCGGUGUUUCGCUUUCACAAUGAGCAUGGCAUCACUAAUCUUUACAGUUUACACAGCUGGAUGGGGCUCGGAGUCUUAAUUUUGUUUUUCCUGCACUGGCUGGGUAGUUUUGGUGUGUUCUUUUAUCCGGGUGCGGAGAAAAGCGUUCGCAAGUUGAUAGCUCCGUAUCACAUUGCAAUCGGCCUGUCAAUUCUUGGACUUGUUGUCGCAACAGUUGAGGCAGGAAUCAUGGAGAAGCUUACAUUUAAUGGCAGCUGCAAUGUAAAUGGCGAAUUAUAUGGUAAGAAAGUGGAGAAAUUCAUGGCAUCGGAUUGCGUUUUGGGCAAUGUUAUCGGACUAUUAGUGGCAUUAAGCUCACUUGCACUUGUCAUCACGAUCUGGCUUUCGAAGCACGAAUAUUCAACGACGCAAUUGAGGGACGAGGCGGCUCCAUUGCUCGGCAGCUCGGGAGACGAAAAAACGGAGAUAUCCGUUUGA